AUGGAGCCUAGAGAUUCUUACGCAUCUCUGGUGAAAGGUCUUGAGCCUUUUAACGUCACCGGAGAUUUCAACCCUUGUGUGCUCCUGCUCACGGGAGAUGAAGCUUUCCCGGUGCUUGUGAGUACGAAGGGGCAUGUGCUAAUAGCUGCAACCCGGUACGGGGCAGGCCGAAUCGUGGUGACGGCGCAUGAAUCCAUGCUGCAAAUGCCCCAGUUCCUGCCAUUCAUCAAAAACAGCCUGGAGUGGGUCAAGCCGUCCCCGACAGCGGAAGUAGGGGUCCACAAUAGCUUGAGCGCCCUCUCCGAGUUGCUUCUCGGUCAUGAUGUCAAAGUGAAAUCGGAUGCGGCACUUUCUGACACCUUCGGGGCCUAUUGCACCAGCGCCUAUGAUGAUAGCCAAGCCCACCAGCUGGUAGAUUUCGUGAAGAAUGGCGGGGGGCUGCUCAUAGGUGGGCAGGCCUGGUAUUGGGCAUAUGAUCACGGGUACGAGAAGGCCCUGGCUCUUUUUCCUGGCAACCGGGUGAUAGGAAUAGCCGGAGUGUACUUCACCGCCAAUAUGGGAGAGAAUGGGAUCUUUCCUGUGUCCCAGAAUAUACCAGAGGUUCCCCCGAACCCAGAGAAUACAUCAUCAUUUCAAGAGUCCUCUUAUGCAUUGCUGGUGAAAGGUAUUAAGUCUUUUGACGUCCAGGGAAACUUCGAUCCUUGCGAGCUUCUUCUCACGGGAGACCAAGCCUUCCCGGUGCUUGUGAGUCCCGGCGGGAAGGUGCUGAUAGCCGCAUCUCAGUAUGGGGAAGGCCGGGUUGUGGCGACGGCUCACGAAGCCCUGCUUCAAAUGCCACAGUUCCUGCCGUUCAUUAAAAACUGCCUGCAGUGGCUCAAGCCGUCCCCGACAGCUCAGAUUGGCGUCCAUCAAAGCGUGGGUGCCCUCUCCGGGCUGCUUGUCGGUAGCGGUGUUGAAGUGCAAUCCGUCGCAAGGUUUGAUGACGCUCUUGGGGUCUACUGCAUCUUUGCCUACAACGACUUGCAAGUCGACGACCUCGUGAAAUUUGUAAAGAGAGGUGGGGGGCUGCUCAUUGGAGGCCAGGCCUGGGCCUGGUCUCAGCACCUUGGCAAGGAGAACGUGUUGUGUGGCUUUCCUGGCAACCUGGUGACCAGUGUUUCUGGGGUGUACUUCACUGCCAACGUGGUAGAGAAAGGAACCUUCGCCGUGUCUGAGAAAAUGCCAAAAGUUCCUCUGAUCACCCAGCCCAAGGUAGAUGUGGAGGGUGACUUCAAGAUUCUUCUGAAUGGCGUGACCAACUUUGACUUAAAGGACAUGAGACCUUCCCACCUGCUUAUCCACGGGAAUCUGGCAUUUCCUGUGGGCAUAACUGAUUCUUUCCAAUCCUUUGUUGGAGCCGCAUACUACGGCAGGGGACGUGUUGUGGUCGCCUCUCAUGAAGAGAUGCUUAACACACCAUCCAUGAAAACUUUCCUCCUCAAUGCCAUCAGCUGGGUUACUGAUAGAAAGGUAGGGAAGGUUGGCGUCGGAGACCAAUUGAAGGAACUUUACUCCAUGCUAAAUCAGGCUGGGAUCCUUUGUGAGCUAACGGAUCUUAAGCCUGGCUUAAGCGUAUACUGUUGCACAACUUACAGUGACAGAGAGAAGGAAAGAAUCCAUGAAUUUGUCACUGAAGGAGGUGGUCUCCUGAUUGGUGGACAAGCUUGGUCUUGGGAAGACAAGCAUCCUGGUACCCAUGCCAUUGCACAGUAUCCAGGAAACAAGAUACUGAAGAAAUUUGGAAUUGGGAUCACUGGGGUCAUACCUAGCGAAAGCUACCCAGCGAGACAGGCCAGCGUUCUUGCUUCGAGCUAUCACUUCCGGGAAGCGCUCUUCCAAUUCAAGGAACACAUUCGGAGCAAGCAAGACCUGCAGCCUCCAUAUUCCUCAUGGCUCAAGAAGCUGGGACAAGACUGUGCCACAUUCCUGAGCAUCCCAGCUGCCAAUUCCCCCCCUCUCUCCUCAGUCCAUGAGGAAAUGCUGGAGCUGGUCAAGCUGAGAGGGAUUCCCGAGGUCAGUGCAAACAAACCUAUCAAAAGCUGCACAGAUGAAGCCGUUUUGAUUCAAAUGGCUUUUUCGCUCUACAACAACCUUCCGGAUUUUCAAAACCUAGUGCCCAGCCUGAAUCCAAACCUUCCCAAGUAUCCCGCAGCGCCAUCACAAGUCAUUCAGAUCAAUGGAACAAAUGAUGGAGACGAAGCUUGGAGAAGCACCGGCCUUUAUGUUCCUCCGGCAAAGACCGUCACUUUGCUCUUUCCGCCCAACGCUGUCGGUGCUCAGCUGCAGGUCCAGAUUGACUGUGGUUCCGAUGACCUGAGCGAUGCUGAGGAGUUUCGGCGUCCUCCGGUAGUGAUGAGGAGGUUUGAAGUUAAGAGCGAAAGAAUGGAAGUCUCCAGCUUGUGGGGCGGCCUCUUGUACAUUGUACUACCAAAGAAAUCUUCAGCGGGCACCAUAUCAGUCACUGUCGAAGGGGCUUCCCUGGCUCCUUAUUUCAAGCUUGGUGAGACGAGCCUAUCUGCCUGGAAUGACAUCCGCCACUUCCCUGCUCCUUGGGCCGAGUUAGAAACAGAGAAUAUCAUCUUCACAGUGCCCUCAAAAGAUGUCCGUACAAUGGACAAUCUAAUGGACAUGCUCAGUAUCUGGGGCGAGAUGAUGAAAGCAGUGGCCAAGUUAGCAUCUGUCCCUCCUGUUUUCUCCAGGCCAGAAAGAAUAGUGGAAGAUGUCCAAAUAUCUGCAGGUGGGAUGCAUGCCGGCUAUCCGAUCAUGUCUGAUGUGACCGUGUCAGUGAAGAUCACAGAUAGGCAAAUGUACACUGAGGGGGCCUGGGAUGCUCUCCGAGAACUGGGUCACAACCAGCAGAGGAGUGGGUGGGACUUCCCACCCCACACCACAGAUGCCACCUGCUAUCUCUGGUCCAUCUAUGUCAAUGAAACUGUGCUAGAUAUCCCAAGAGAGAAAGCCCACCCUGAUCUUGACCCCAAUGUGAGGAAGAAGAGGGUGAAGGACUAUAUCCAAGGUGGAGCUCAGCUGAAGGACUUCACGGCGUGGACUGCGCUGGAACCCUAUUUACAGUUGCAGGAGGCCUUUGGUUGGGACUCCUACACCCGCAUCUUCGCCGAGUACCAAAAGAUAACCUCCAUCCCAAACGACAACACCUCCAAGAUGAAUCAGUGGGCGAUACGCUUCUCUACGGAAGUGAAGAAGGACCUGGGCCCUUUCUUUAAAGCCUGGGGGUGGCCGAUUGAGGAUAAGCUCCUUCAGGAGCUGGCCAGAUCCUUCAAUCCCUGGGCAGAGGAUCCAAUGAAGGAGUACGAAAAGUCCUGAGGAAGCGC